AUGCGUCGCGUCACCUUUUGUAUCGCGCUCGCGUUCGCACGAGUUUCCGUGUCUGCGUUCUUCUCCCCAUCGACGUCGUCCCUCGAAGAUGACUCCGAGCAAGAGAGUCCUGCUGACCCAUCCAAUGGAACCGACAUCAAGGCCCGGCAGCCUCUGCUGGACGCCAAGAAAUGGUUCCUCACAAAAAACGAGAUCACGGCGUCGCGCGGCGGUAUCCCUCGAGACGACAUGGCGGUGUUCACGACAGGCAACAAGGUGACAUCCUACACGGUGUCCAACGAGUUCUUCAACGCAGUCUAUGACGAGCUCAGUGCAACGAAAGUGGGCGACCGCGUGUUACUUGCUGCCUGGUCUCUGGCUCUUGUGCCACUGAAACCUGACAUUGAUCCCAAGGGAACGACAACUGGCAUCAAGGAAGUGUUUGCUGGAGUAGUCAAGCGAGGCGGAAGUGUCGACAUUCUCAAUUGGGCCACUAUCUCCACGAAUUACAGAAAGUUGAACGUCAAGGCGCGCGAUGCCAUCAACAGCAUUCCGCCUUCCCCAAUCAACGGUGCGAAAGCCGUGCUCAUCUUUGACGACCGCUAUCCCAGAGCUUUGACCUCCCACCACCAGAAGACCAUGGUCAUCGCAGCAAAUAGCUCGGUGGAUCCGGACGAGCAGCCAGUGGCUUAUGUGGGUGGAGUGGAAUUUACAAGAGACCGAUGGGAUACGAUCCACCACAACAACUCUGCUCUCCGAAAAGCUGCUGGGCUCAACCAUCUCAGUGAGGGCUGGGUAGACGGACACCUUCGAAUUCAUGGCCCUGCCGCUAAAGACGUGGCCAGCAACUUUGUGGCACGGUGGAACUCGGACUUUCUACCGUGUCAGCACAUUGACGACCGCCUUCGGGAUUUCAGGAACCCCAAAUACGAGCCCAUCCUCCCGCUCGACUACGUCAGCAGCAACACCACGGGCUCUCUUGGCAGCCAUAGCGUUCAGAUCACACGGACAUAUAGCUGCUUGUACAAGCAUUACGACUUUGCUCCGAGGGGCGAAACAUCGCUGUUCCAAGCCCGAAUCAAAGCCAUCAAGAACGCCAAGAACUUUAUCUACAUUGAAGACCAGUACUUUAUCCUGGUGCCAGAGCUUCUCAAUGCGCUUUUGGAAGUGAUGCCAACGAUUCAGCGUCUGGUCGUGGUCACGAGCCCGCAAGUCAGUUUCAUGGGAUAUGCAGGGUACUCCAAGUACCUGUACGAAAGCGUGAAACCCAUCCGAUCAAAAUAUCCGAACAAGUUUGCGAUCUACACUACCAAGAAGGCGCGAAAACUUGCGAUCCACACGAAACUUGUGAUCAUCGAUGACGUGUACUUGUCCAUCGGAUCGGCGAAUUGGAAUCGUCGUAGUAUGACUUCAGACUCUGAGGUCAAUGCCGAUGUUGUGGACACUAAGUUGGUGAAGGCUCCGGAAGGGAUUAUGGUCGGCAAGAUGCCACGCGACUUCCGUAUCCGCAAGUUUCAGGAGAUGACCGGUCUGAGCUACAAGAAACUGGAUGCCAUGACGUUCAUCGAGGCCUCAGAAAAGCUGGCUCUUGCCGUUGACGACAGCUCGUCAAUCUUGGACGUCAAUGAAAUAACGCACAAGGCGUAUUUCUUUACAAUCAGGAACAAAAUGCGAAAGAUGUCGGACCCGCAGGACUCGUGUCAGUACAGCGGCAACAACUUCGUAAGGGACACGUAA